AUGCUGCGAACUGAGCCGAGUGUGCAAGGCGCCUCCGAGUCCGAGGACGCCUCCGCGUUCUUUGGCUUAGAGCCAAAGCCGGCAGAGGCCGCAACCGAGGCCGAGGCAGCCGAGGCAGCCGAGCCUUCCAGGCCUCCGAGCCUGGAGCAGGCGGCGCCGAAAGCGGUGCCGAAAGCGGCGCCGAAAGCGGUGCCGAAGGAGACGAAAGCGGUGCCGAACGGUACCGCCGUGCCCGCCACGACAGAGCCGCCAGCUCCCGCACCCGAGGCGCCCGAGGCUUCGGAGGCUGGCGCCGCUCCCGCCGCUCCUCCCGCUCCUCAAAGCGACAAAAGCGGCGAAAGCGGCGAAAGCGAAAGAGGCGGAGCUCCCAAAAAGCCGGAGCCGGCAGCAAAAGACGCCGCGAGCUGGAUCGACAUCGUGAUCGGAGCACAAACCGUUCUUCACGUGAAGAACCCGGAGGAGAUCGAAGCGACGAGUUCCGAUCCAAAUCCCCAAGUUGCAACUUUUCGAACGAACAACGUCACGGUGGAGGCCGUCCCUUUGGUUCCCAACGAGCGCCUCUCCGUGUCCCAGACUCCGAAGGGAAACAGGACGCUGCUCGUGGAGGCUUUGGAGGCACUGCAGGCGGGAGGCGGCGGAGCCGACGCGCGGCCCUUUCCCAACGUGGCGACGGCGGCAGUGGCGGCCAUGGACAGGGCGCUCUCGGAAGCGGCGCUGACCAGCCGCGACAUCGACAAGGUGGAGGUCCAUGAGAGGGCCGCCUUGGAGAAGAGCGAGUCCUUGGAUGAGAAAGCAUCGGAGCUCUCAAAGACCUUGGAAGACAUCGCCGACGGCGUGUCGGAAGCCAGCCCUCAGCAGGUUGCCAAGGGGGCAGAGGAGGCUUUGCGGCUUCGCGGGCUCUGGCAGGAAGACCAGAACAGCAGCCUCAUGGCCGAGCGGGAGAAGAGGGAGCUUCUGAGUCAGCUUGCAGAGCAGCUGUCGACCGUUGUUCGCUCCGGCGUCACGGCAUUGAAGGCGGUGACCCUGGGCUUGCAUUUGGAGGUGAACCUCACAGCAGCGGCUGCGAACUUCCGGGCGCUCAGCGACGAGAGCUCUGGAAGCUUGCUGCCCGUGGAGGGCGUGGCGGGAACGGAAGAGAUCCAACGAUACAAGGAAGUGCUCCUACAGAAACUCAAAGACAUCCGGAUCCUGCCGCCCGUUGGAAGGCCGCUCACCGCAGAGAUCGCCAGCGGCAAGGAUGGCCCCAUGACCAUUGAGCUGGUGGCCAAGAACGAAACGGCUUCGGAUUUCAAGGCCUUGAAGGAGGAUCUGGAGCUGGCGAGCCGACAGCUGCGGAAUGCCACCUCCCAUGUCCAGGAGAUGGCCAAGGAGCUGGAGGCCGCGGACGCCGCGAAUCGCAGCCUGGACGUGGUGUCUGCGAAGAAGCAGAAUCUCACGCGAGAGCUGCUCAGCAUCGUGGAAGCAACGGAGAAGCUCUCAAAGGGGAUCAGCGAUUUCCCCGAGGAGGGGGAGGCUGGCAUCUCGGUUGCAACUUCCGUGGCCAACCGAUCAGCAGCUCUUGAAGAAGGUGCCAGCAAGGCUCGGACAGUCGCAGCCCUCCUACGAUCUGCAGAGCUCGACUUCGAGGAGUCCCUGAACCGGUCGACGGAGGCGACCGCGCGGCUCGCCGGCGCCGGUCACGAUGCGCAGUCCCAGCUCCUGCAGGCGCUCCAGGCCGCCGGCAGCGGCCUCCGCCUGGCGAACGCCAGCGGCGCCAAGGUGGAUCUUUCUGGGCUCCAGGAGCUUUUUGGCAAAGGCACUCUGGGGGCCCUGGCCCCGGAAAAGGUGGCUGGCCAGGAUCUUGCGAAGAGCCCAGCCGUAGCAGUGGAAAUUGUGCUGUGCAACCAAAGUGAAUGCCACCACCUCCCAAAUUCCAAACGCCAGAAGCUCGGACCGUCGGAGCUCUCUGUUGGAGAUCCGAGCUGCCGCUGCCCGCUCUCUGAGCUCCCCUACGACCGCUUCUUCGCGCCGGCUCAAACGACCUCGACCUCCUCGACCACCUCGACGAAGCCCGAGGAGCCGCUGGAGGCGGCCGAGGCAGCCGCAGGGGGUGCCGGUGCCAAGCACCUCAAGCAGAGAGAGGCAGAGCGAGGAAGAGGAGAACUGGAUGCCCAAAGCCGUGCUUUUCAGCAUGGCCUGCGUCCUCUCGCUCCUCGUGGCCGUCCUCUCUUGGCCCACGGCCUCAGCCCUCUGA